UGGUGGCAGGAGGAGAGGAGGUGAGCAGAGGAGCGGGCAAGCGCAAGCGCCCGUCCGAUCGAUGCCCGUCUCCCGUUCGUAUAAAGCGCUCGUCCUCGGGGGGCGCGCGACAGUUGGCGUUCCGCAAUCGGAACAUGCGCCGCGUCGCGGGUACAGGUUGUCUAUCGUGUCUUUGUUCGUCCUCGUUGUCAGUGUCCGUCGCUGUAUCAAACACCGAGCCCGCCGCGCUGUGCUAGCCCGUCGUCAUUCGGUGACCGACGGUUCCCACGGGCUAAUCAUCGUUUUGCGCUCCACGUGUCGAUACGUUGUCACCAGUUGACAAUAACAUCCAGCUGCUGGGGGAUGCGAAAAACUGGUCGACCAAUGCGGACCUUGCUCAAGCCACCUACGGUUUUCCGGUUGAGCUGCGUUGUUUCGUUGGAGGCGACAUCGCCGAUUGAUCAGUGAUUAACGGGAUAGGAGAAGACACCGGAUGAACCAGUGAAAGUGACAAGAGUAUAUAGUCCGGUAGAAGGAGAAACGGAUUAGUGAAGAGGGUUCGCGUGAAAGCUACAACGUCCCCGCUGGGAUCGCGGUCUUCUCUGCGUGUCUCCGUUUAUCCGGGAGAUUCGGUGCGUCAAGAGCACGGAUGUUCAAGCUCCGCGCGGAUUCUAUUACGUAACCGACGCCGCGAGCUGUGAACGACACCCGGCCGCGCGCACCUGGUGAACGUUCCUCUUCUUCUUGGUCUUAUUCUUUGGCUGACUUCGACGUUGUCCCGCGACGACUCCGCGCGUAUCAGCUUCACUGGUCGCGGCGCGGCGCGUCACGGCUCGACGAAGCUACGGCUUGAUUACUGGCUCCCUUCUCGCGACGUGUCAGCGACAUUCGUCCCGGGCGAGAUACAUCCGGGCAGGCGUCAGAGCGGCGGUCACUGGACCGUCCGGCGGACGUCUCGACCGCCGUACGACGAGCCGCUGGAAACAGGAGGCGGAGGAGGAGGGGCUGUGGAGGUGGUGGAGGAGGAAGGCCCGUGGACGUGCAACAAGUUAAGAGGCCGCCGCCACCGCCGCUACCGUCGACAUCGCUGCCGCCGCCAACGUCCUCGCCACGAUGUGACAUGGAUAUCCUAGCCGUAGCCUGCGCCCUCGUCGCCACGGCCCUUUACUGCAACACCCUGCAAGCGGGUUUUGUCUACGAUGAUCGAAGGGCCAUCCUGACGAAUCCUGACCUGCUAUCCAGCACGCCCUGGCAUCAGCUGCUACAGAAUGAUUUCUGGGGCACUCCCCUGAACGACAAAGGCUCUCACGGUAGCUACAGGCCUCUCUGCGUGGCGACGUUCCGACUGAAUCAUCUCUUGGGUGGCCUGGAGCCGUGGGGUUACCAUUUAGUGAACGUCGCGCUGCACGCAGCUUGCACCGUUCUCGUGGUCAAAGUCGCUAGGAAGGUUUUACCAGGAAGAAACAACCUCGGGCACGCGAUCGCCGGCUUCCUCUUCGCCGUGCACCCGAUUCACAGCGAGGCCGUGGCCGGCGUGGUCGGUCGCGCCGACCUCCUCGCUUGCUUGUUGACCUUGUCAGCCUUCCUGGCGUACUGCGCCCACUGCGAUCAGACAAGAUCACCGUUCCCCCUGUUAUUGGCCAUCAUCUCCUCAACACUGGCCACGCUCGCCAAAGAAACCGGAAUAUGCUCCCUGGCCUUGUGUCUCCUCUGGGAAUUAUGCCGCGGCGAGUCGAAUCGAAAGGUGAACUGCAGCCUGACCCGUAACCGUAGUCUCGGCAUUCUCUCCGGCAGCUUAGUCCUCCUAGUCCUCGGUAGGCUAAGGAUCACCGGGACAAGGCCUGAGUUCGCCAGCGCGGACAAUCCAACGGCCAGACACCCGUCUCGUUUGACACGGGGUCUGACGUUCCUCUAUUUACCUGCGGCUAGUGCAAAAAUGCUGCUGUGUCCCAGCACACUGAGCUUCGAUUGGUCGAUGGACGCAGUGCCGCGCAUAACGAGCCUCUUCGACGCCAGGAACCUGGAAUCAGCUUGCCUGUACGCAGCGCUGAUCAGUGCUUCGAUCUGGGCGAUUAAAACACUUCGUCGCGCGCCUAGAGAGGUGUCUUUGAGCCUGGUGCAGGUGUACCCGCGCUCGGUGUCCUCCAGGUGUCCGGUUUGCGCAGGCAGGCGCAUCGGGGGAUGCCACACGGACGGUUGUCGCGCCGCGAACAACAACAACAACGGGCCCUUCGGCGACUGCCACUGCGCCAAGAGGCCCAACGGUGGCUCCUCGUUGACCGCCAGCAACGGACUCGCCAACAGAAAAGCCACCGCCACCGGCGUUGCGGUGUCGCUCGGCUUCCUCGUGCUUCCCUUCCUACCGGCUAGCAACCUCUUCUUCUACGUCGGAUUCGUCAUAGCCGAGAGGAUCCUAUACUUGCCGAGCGUCGGCGCUUGCCUGAUCGUGGGAGCCGCUAUCUCCGGUUGUUAUCGGAUAGCGAGAAGAUGCGGAUCGAGGAGGCGGGGCAGAACCGUUUUGCUAGUCAGUGUUGUACUUCUCUGCUUGAUGUCAGCGAAGACGCUGCUGAGAAACGCCGACUGGUAUGACGAGGAGAGCCUGUACAAAUCCGCCUUGCACGUCAAUCCGCCGAAAGCUUAUGGUAAUUUGGGCAGCGUCCUGAGCGCGCAGGGACGCGUCGCGGAGGCAGAGGAGGCGUUUGUCCAGGCGCUUAGUUAUCGACCGAACAUGGCGGACGUGCACUACAAUCUGGGAAUUUUACAGCAGGGAAGAAAGAAUUACGAGGAGGCCAUUCUGAGUUAUCAGCGAGCGAUCCAUUUCCGACCUUCGUUAGCUCAGGCUUACGUGAAUCUGGGCGCGGCGCUGGCCUCGGUCGGACGCGGGACGGAGGCGGCUGCGGUUUUGCGGGCCGGCGCGUCCCUGGACGGGUCCGGUCUCAAGGACAAAAGGGCUCACGAGGCGGCCAGGGUGCAGGCCCUCCUUCAAUUAGGCGCCCUCUAUGCCGAUCAGGGUAGAUUACAAAGGGCCCUAGCCGCGUACAGGGAAGCUCUCCACGCCUUGCCGGAUCACUAUCCACCUCAGAGCGUUUACAAUCUGCUGGGCGAGACUCUAUCCCGGCUGCAACAGUACGCGGAAGCGGAGAGGUGGUUCCAGGCGAGCUUAGCCAGCCAGCCUGACCACGUGCCGGCCCACAUCACUUACGGGAAACUUUUGGCCCGAAACUCGAGUCGUGUGCUGGAGGCCGAGAGAUGGUUCCUGAGAGCUCGUAGACUAGCGCCAGACGAUUCGAGCGUGCACCAUCAUUACGGACUGUUCCUGUCGUCCCAGGGUAGACUGUCGGAAGCGGCGGAGGAGCAACUUCGCGCUGCCGAGCUGUCUCGAUCCGAUUACGAGCUGUCGAUGGCGGCGGCGUCGGCGCUUCGCCAGGCAGACCGACUGGAAGACGCGGAGAUUUGGUACCGUCACGCGGCCAGCUUGAGGCCCAACGAGGCGCGUAGUCACACGAACUUGGGCGCGAUCCUCCACCUGAACGGGAAAUACAAGCAAGCAGCAGCAGCGUACAGCGAGGCGUUGAGGCUGCAACCCGGUGACGCGACCACCAUCAUGAAUCUCCACAAACUGGCGGCCAUUUUGGCGUGACCUCAUGACACGGAGCGAACAGUGUUGGCGCGGCGUCCGCGGACAGAGACAGUAACGAGAAAGAUGAAGGAGAGUGUGUGUAUUAUACGACCCCAGGAAAGACCCACUAUCGACUCGCCGUAUUACCUGAGCCCCACGUCUCCCCCGAUCUUCCUCCCGAUAUUCGUUUAUA